AUGGCCAUCAAGCUCACCCCCCUGAUUGGUGCCCACGACUCAACCGGCAUCCUCUCAUACCUACUAGAGAUCGACGAAGGACGAAUACUACUGGAUUGCGGAUGUCCCGACCGACCAACGCCCGGGGAGAUCGACGGAUACCUCAACAAGCUAGCCGAGCUCACACCCUCACUCGACCUCGUCCUCCUCUCUCAUCCCCUCCUCAGCUCACUCGGCCUCGUCCCCCUCCUCCGCGCCAGACUCGGCCUCAGAUGCCCGAUCUAUGCCACCCUGCCCACUAAGGAAAUGGGCCGAUGGGCCGCCGAGGAAUGGAUCGGUCAACGCGCCCUGGAGGAAUCUAAUGGGAUCGAAAAUUCUACCCAGUCCGCCGAAAAUCUCUCCCUCCAACUCUCCUCUGAUCAACCCGCCCAGAAUAUCCCUGUAAUAGUAGAGCCCGAAAACCUCUCAAAAUCUGUCCCGCCCAGCCAUUCAAAUUCAAACAAUUCAGAUCACAUCUGGAAAGUUUCUUUCAAGGAACUUAGGGAUGCAUUUGAUAGUGUCAUAGCAGUCCGUUACUCUCAACCUAUUCAUUUAGGGCGCAAAUUACGUCCAUUGACGUUGACUGCUCACAAGUCCGGCCAUACGAUCGGCGGGACGAUCUGGUCCCUGCGUUCACCACUUCACACCGUUAGCUCGGCUUCAUCGUCGACCCUGAUCUAUGCGCCGAUCUUUAAUCAUGUUAGGGAGUCACAUCUCGACAGUGCUGCCUUAGUCCAAGCCACUGGUGAUGGCAGUAUGAGAAUCGGUCUCGGCAUGAGCAGGCCGAUGGUCAUGGUCGUUGGAACCGAAAGAAGUCUGAUAAAGGGCAUCAGAAAGAAAGAUAGAGACCGGAUCUUACUCGAUUCGAUCACUCAAACCUUGCGGGCCUCACGUACGGUCCUGAUCCCGACGGAUCCUUCGGCCAGAUUGAUCGAGUUGCUCUUAUUGCUCGACAGCCAUUGGACCCAAUCACGUCUCGACUCGUUCCCCUUGUGCCUUGUCUCGCAAACCGGAAAGGACGUGGUCACGUUUAUCCGUUCGCUUACCGAAUGGAUGUCACCAGCACUCGCUCGUUCAUCCUUCGAUCAAAAUCACCAUAAGCGUGGUAACCGAGACCAAAACGAUCAAGGGCCACUUCGGCUUCGACACAUCCGGUUUUUUAAUUCGGUCGAAGCACUUGAAGCUGAACUGCCCAUCCGUCAACCUAAAGUGAUUCUUGCCGUUCCCCUGUCAAUGGAGUACGGAUUUUCGAGGGCUAUGUUUACCCGAAUAGCUGGUGUUGAAGGCAACCUGAUCAUCUUGACAUCCCUGUCAUCACCACAAGUUACAAAUUCAGACACUGAGCCGGAGCGCUUACUCGAUCAUCUGGGCUCUCUCGCGGCUGAUGCUACAAAACAAAAGCGAGAAGAUCCUUCGCUAAGUUCUGAAGCAGAAUUACCGCUGGUGGUCCAACUAGAUGCCAAGAUCGAUGUGGAGCUACGAAGGAAAGUGAUACUUGAAGGGGAAGAGUUGGAGGAAUAUUUGGAAGAAGAACGUCGAGCGCAGGAGAGGAAGGCCAAGGCAGCAGCGAUGCUUGCCCGAUCCCGACAGCUGAUGGAGGAUGAAGAAUCAGACGAGUCGGGCUCGGAUUCGGAGUCAGAGACAGAUGCGAUUGCGGUGGCGAGGACGUUGACUGGAGCGGGGCCGAGCUGGGAUGAAUUUGUGGACGAGAAGGAGCCGAUGGCGUUCGACAUCUAUGUCAAGGGGGGCUCGGCCACCCGCUUCUCCGGCGGCAGAACACAGACCUUUCGCAUGUUCCCGGUUGUCGAACGUCGGCGCAAGGUCGAUGGUUAUGGGGAGGUGAUCGAUGUCGAUGGGUGGUUAAAAAGAGGCGACGCGGUUGACGAAACAAUCCAACGCGUCGAGAGUGGCGGUCGAAAGGCCCCAAAGGAAGACCUUCUUAGCAUGCUACCGGUCGAUCCACCAUCGAAGUUUGUAGCAAAUACAGAAACAAUUCAGGUGAAAUGUAGCGUUUUAACGAUCGAUUUGGAUGGCAAAGCCGAUGGACGAGCUUUGAAGACGAUCAUUCCACAAAUCAAUCCCAAGACAGUUGUUUUGAUUAACGGGAGCACCGUUUCUAAUGCCGAUUUUGCGCACUCCGUCGCUGGUUUACCGGCGUUCACUAAGCAAGUAUUUUCACCUAAAGUGGGCGAACAAGCCGCCGUUGGCCAUGACACGAAGAGCUUUAGCGUCAGAUUGGGAGAUAGCAUCAUGAACUCUUUACGAUUUUCUGAGGUUGAAGGAUUUGAUGUGGCAUAUAUCAGUGGAAACUUGGAAAUCUCUAACGAGUCGUCGAUCCCAACAUUAGAAAGAACCAUUGUGGGACGAGAGCCACCGCGAAAGAUGCGCCGACUGUCGGUGAUUAAGCCGGUGGGGGGUAAGGAGGAGGAAUCUUCAGGGUCGAAGGAGGCCAGAAGGCUUGAGCCCUUAGCGUCGAUUGCCUCAGGGUCGGCGAUCUUCAUUGGUGACUUACGACUUGCGGGCUUGAAAGCGUAUCUGAUCUCGAACGACAUCCCGGCCGAGUUCGUUGCUGAAGGCGUGCUCGUCUGUGGCCCCGUGCCGCUCUCGAAAUGUCUCGGCGAGCUCAACUCCAAGUCCAAGUUCAUCACCAACACCGCCCCCAACCCUCUCGUCCUCCCCGAUCAUCAUUCGCUCCCGCUUAAGGAACUCGUCGGCGGUUCCGUCUCCGUCAGGAAAUCCGCUAAAGGUCAGCUCAUCAUCGAUGGCUCCAUGGGCUUCACUUUCUUCGCUGUUCGCGAGGCCGUUUAUCAUUUACAUGCAAGGACAAAAUCUUGA